UUCUAACAGCAAACAGUCGGCGUGAAAAAUACGAUCCGAGAAUGAAAUUCAACACGUUCUGCUUGGUGCUUUCUCUCCUAAUGGUUAUUUGCUAUAGCUUACCUGUUGAACGCGAAACGCUGCUGAGUAUUGAGCAGGUUCAACCAGGAGCUGUGUCCUUGGAGCAGCAACCACAGCAACUGAGACGUGUGGUGCGCCACUUUCCUAACUUUGGUUAUGGAGGCUACCCUGGUUUUGGCGGUUAUGGUGGAUACCCUUCCUACGGUGGUUAUGGGGGCUUCCCUAGCUAUGGUGGCGGUGGAGCUUCGUACGCUAGUAGUAGUGCAGGUGCCACUGCCGGCGCAUUUAACUCCCCAUAUUUUUGAGAGAAAAGGAAAGUUCAUUAAAAGGUGGAAAUAAAUAAAGUGUUAAUUAUUAUAUUUUAUUUAAGUCAAAAUAAAAAAUAAAUUAAAAGUAAGGAAUAUUUUUAAGUGUUAAUUGAAAGGCUUGAAAUAUUUUAAACAAUAUACACGUAUGUGUAUGUGAGAUUCAAAAUUAAGUACAAAAUUGGGGUUUCUUCUUUACUCAAAGA